CUAUAAUAAUACAUAUAAACGCACACAUAAAUGACACCAAUGGAAUCCUCGUCGAAGGACAAUGACGCCGAGGCCGACCCAAGCACAAAGAAUGAGGCUCCACCGAAGGAAUCCAAGUUGCCGCGGUCCAUCCAGACCGCGUUCGACGCCAAAUACAACAUUGUGGACCUUCAGACGCCGCUGAACGCCUUCAUGUCCGGCCAGUACAAGCGGAGCUUCGCUUACCACAGUCUUAGGAACAGGCUGCCCGUGGUACUGACCAACGUGAUAGACACAAUGACGCGGGAGAAGACGGAGUUAGUGGCCCAAUAUGCUUCCAACGACUUUGAAAAGGCGGCGCGGGAUGAGCUGAAGACCAUCAUAGGACUGAUUUCGCAGCUGAAGUACGAGCUGCAGACGGACAAGGCCUUCCACAAUUUCAAGGGAGCAGAACCCGACCAGGAUGACUGGAACAACUUCCUCGGCGACCUGCCCAGUGGCGAGCGCACCUUCUACCGCGGCUGCUCCCUCCACGCUGAGUGCUACUUGUACCGCAAGCUCUACUCCUUCGUGGAGAACAGCAUCUUCCUCAAGGGCUACGAUUACUUUGCCAAGAUCAAGGAGCAGGCGCUGACCGGCAGCAUGGACGACGUGCUGGCCUUAACCAAGUACACGCGUCGCCCCGAACGCACCCCGAAGUUUUUCGGCGAGCUGCUCAAGAUCAACCUGUGGAGCAACUGCAACGAUGCAGCCAGUGAUCCGGAGGCAGCAGCCCAAAUGCUGAACCUUAGGGUAUUAAAGGACGUGGAGGCCACGAAUGAGUAUGUGCUUGUCGACCACGCGGCGGAGAUUUGGCGCUGCCUGACCACCGGGAAUCUAAAGAAGCCACAGCAGGUGGACUUUAUUCUGGACAAUGCGGGCUACGAGCUGUUCAGCGACCUUAUCUUGGCGGAAUAUAUGGUCGAACAGGGAAUGGCCACCAAGGUGCGUUUCCAUGUCAAGGCGCAUCCGUGGUUUGUGACCGACGUCACGGAGAGGGACUUCAAGUGGACCCUGGAGUAUUUGAGCCAGCACGCGGACUACAUCAUCAGUUUGCUGGGCAAGAAGUUUAUGCAGUUCCUGGACGAGGGCAAGUUUGAAUUGGCCCCCAUUUCACAUUUCUGGACUUCGCCGCAUGCUUUUUGCAGCAUGGCGCAAACGGAUCCCGAGCUGUACAGCUCCCUGCAGCUGUCCAAAUUGGUGGUCUUCAAGGGAGAGCUCAACUACCGCAAGCUCUUGCAGGACGUUUGCUGGGCCAGCACUCUGGAGCUGAGUACGUGCCUCCGGGGUUUCCUGCCGAGCAAUAUCUGUGUUUUGAGGCGGGUCAAGAGCGAGAUUGUGUCGGGACUGGCCGAGGGUUCUUCACAGGCGCUAGCCAGCAAGGAUCCCCACUGGAUGGUCUCGGGCAGCUAUGGGCUAAUCCAGUUCGUAGACGGAGCGCGUGAAUUUGGAUAUUAGCCGAGAAUCUCUUGAAUGUACCAAAAAUAAAUAAAUGUUAAUUUAUUUAGAGUUUAAAUAUAAAACAAGUAAAUUAACAC